AUGAAUCGAAAAGAGCUCUAUGAAAUGUUUGGGCUCGACAAUUCUACUGGCGAUACUGAGAUUGUAGAUGAAGAUGAAGCUGAAUGUAUUCGGUUGUCUUUUAUCAAUAAUACAUCUACAGAUGUUCUUAAAAACAUUAUAUCAAGAUACAAAGCAUCAUACAACGAUGAAUGCAUCAGGUUUUUCAUUGAUACUAUUUCAAUGAUUGUCAAUGACUCAAAAACAGUAAUUAUGGCAAGCAGCGUGAUGUCGCUUCUUCCUCUCUUGACGAAUGCAUUUGAGGCAGAGUACUUCGAUGCUGUGGAUUGCUUCGAACGACUGGGAGAAGUAGAAGGGAUUGCACAAAAGGUCUUUGUUCCAAUGAUAUAUGGACUAUCAUUCAGAUGCUCGCAAACAGAAAUAAUGUCUGAUGCAGGGCGGUAUGUGGCUGCGCUUGGCGUGCUUAUGGGACUUCCGAAUGUGAUUCAAGAGUUAAGAAACGAACAAUACUGGGGAUUGGGAGACAGUGGCUUAGUUUAUGCCAAGCAAAUUGGCGUUCCGAUGCAUUUUGGGGUUUUGAGUGAGCAUGCAUGUUUUUUGGAUGGAUUUUUCGAACCUUUUAUUUACAAGAAGUGCGAAUAUGGAGUGCCCGUACAGGAGUAUUUCGGAAUGCAAACGAAGGAUGUAAUUGAAAUGUCACGAAAGGCAUACCGUGCACUUAGCGAAUAUUCAUACAAGAUGUACGACGUGAUAUUCACAGCAAUACGUGCAUCGCCAGAUGUAAAACAUAAUUUCAUGAGAUACAUUUCAAAGGUGGUCUAUAUCAGUAAGGAAAGAAGCAAGACAGUUUUUGAUUGGAAAGUGAACAUAAGUGAUGGAUUUGCAUUUAAUUUAUGCAUGCUGAUGAGCAGAUUUAACAAAAAGAUAGUGGACGAAAAGAUGAUUGAGAAGAUUGAUCCGGAAUGUGUGGAGGAGAUUUCAUUAACCUCGUUUCCGACAUUCUGCUAUUUCUCCAAAAUUCAUAUGAUGCAGGUAUCGUAUUUUAAGUUUGGAGAGUAUGUAAAGACACUUGCAUAUGAGUACCGCACAUUUGAAGGUGAAGGAGGAGAAAGGGUAGAGGCGUACAGAAAGGGAAUAAACUCGAAGAUAAGUGCAUUGAACGGACUUUUGUUUGCAACUGAUCUAUUUGUAGACGAGAAGGAUUUUGUUGAGUUUAUUGCGGAAUACACAGCAGAGGUUGAAUAUCCAUGGCCAGACUUCUACUACAAGACGUUUUUGUGGAUGCAGGAGAUGAUGUUUGAAAUUGUCCGAUCUGCCGAUAUUUCUGAAUCGCUGUGGAAGGUGAUGGAGGGCAUCAUGACCUGGAAGAGCCUUGCAUUCAAGAAAGAUGUGGUGAAGAUUCUGAGUCACAGAAGCAGUUCGAUAAAGUUCAAAAUGAUCAAUCACAUCAUAGAUUACUAUAACUCACUGGAGAGGGAUGAGACACGAAUGGAUGUAAGGUGUGUGAUACAUACAAUUCUGAAGGAUGGGGAAGUAUUCUCAAAGAUGAACAUAUGCAAGAGAAAUGUGACUUUUAUCAACUGCAUGAUGAAGGAUUUUGAGAAUAGGUUAUCUGAGGGGUUGUCCUCGAUCAAGGAGAUAAAGGAAGAUUCAAAGGCACUCGAUGAACAGAUUGUCGAGCUCAAAAAUAUAAAGGAAAAGAGUGUAGAUGAGUAUGAGAAUGAUGAACAAAUUGAGGCUUUAGAGGAAAGAAUACGGUCUUUAAAAAAGAUGAUACGUUUUCUAACAAACAAGGCAAAGGGAUGUUUUAUGUAUGUUAAUGGAUGCUUUGAUCUGUUUAUGCACAUCCUUGAUGAAAGACCUGAUCUGUUUUUGGUAGAAGAGAUGAUAUUCAACUUUGUAAGGGUAUUGAACUGUAACCUGAAGAUAAUCACUGGGCCAAAGUGCGCAGAUCUUGUGAUAAAGUCGCCUGAGAAGUAUGGAUUUGAUGCAAAAAGUCUUUUGAAAAGAAUGGUUAUGGUUUAUAUAAAAACAUCCUCUAAUAAGUUUAUAGAUGCAGUUGCAAAUGACAGGAUGUAUUUUGACAUUGGAUUUUUCCACACUGCACUUGAGAUAUGUGAGAGUAAGUAUUUGAUUGGAGAGGCUCAGAUAUGCGAGCUGCGUGAUUUGGUUUGUAAACUUGAGAAGGUUGUCGUAUCGUCUGACAUAGUAGAACUUGUGCCUGAUGAGUUUAUUGAUCCAUUAACAUUCAAUCCAAUAAAGAAUCCAGUGAAGUUGCUGACAUCAAGGAUUACAGUGGACAGGUCGACAUAUGAUAUGCUGAUGAUGAACGGAGGUAUUGAUCCAUUUAACAGGAUGCCACUCAAUGACGAUAUGGUGGUUGAAGAUGAGGAGUUCAAGAAAAGGAUGAACGAGUACAGGCGAUCAAAAGAUUUAUGA